CCUAUGAAGUAUAAAGAUAUAGCAUGAUAAUAAUUUUAUAAUACGAACCUUUCGAGAUGCGAUAAUUAUAUCAUUUAUGUUCUACAAGCAACUACUUUUUAUCAUAUUGCAUACAACAGCCACUCAUUAAAAAAAUAAAUUUAUGAUGCAUUGAUAAAUAGCAUCAAAUACGCUGGAUCAAACUCUGCGUACAUUCAAAUGCAUUUUAUUUUGAUCCUUGGUUGUUCUUAUUAAUCCAUGUAUGUAUAUUCCCUUGCUAGUUGCCACCCUUUCCCAUGUUUCUAGGGUAUUCUUCUUCUUUUUUCCCACCCUGAAGUAUCAUACAUAUCAACAUAUGUACAUAAAUUUUCUUUUUGCCCUCACUUCCAUUUCCUUUUUGUUGUUCUAUGUUUUGGGGAAGGAAAGGAAAAAAAAAGGAAUAUCCUCUUACUUUCUUUCCAUCAUCUCAAUCUCCCUCCCUCUUGCUCUCGUCUCACCGCCGCACGCCGCUUCCUUCCGAUCACCGGGUAGCCGACUCUGUUCUUAUCAUCAUCACUACUACUAUGUUGAGCUCCUUCAAUAACACCACUACUACUUCAUCCUCCUCCCACGACCCCGACGAAGACGAGCCAUCUCCUUCCACCACCGCCGCCGCCGCAGAUCUGCACUUCCACCACCUCAUGGCCGCGGCACCACCACCGCCCUUAGCACUACCACCUCCACUGGCCAUGGCCUCCUCCUCCUCCUCAUUCGCCACGUCGGCAAUCCACGUGCGGCACCUCCUGGCGAGGUGCGCGGAGCUGAUGUCAUCCUCCUCCUCUUCCGCCUCAGGCCACGCACACCGCCUUGUGGCCGCACUCUCCGCCGCCUCCUCCCCUCUCGGCGACUCCACGGAGCGCCUAGCCCACCAGUUCGCCGCAGCCUUCUCCCUCCGCCUCCACAACCGAGUACUAAUCGACAACAACAACAACAACUCGGCUGCGGCGGCGAUGCAGUCUUGCUACCUGUCGGUGAACCAGAUGACUCCGUUCAUAAGGUUCGCCCACCUGACGGCCAACCAGGCCAUCUUGGAGUCCGUGGAAAGCGAAGCCGGAGGUGGGAUCCACAUCGUGGACUUGGACAUCAUGCACGGCGUCCAGUGGCCGCCGCUGAUGCAGGCGCUGGCCGAGCGCCGCCCACCUCCUCCCCUCCUCCGCAUCACGGGAGCCGGCAGCGACCCCGAAACCCUCCACCGCACCGGCAGCCGCCUCUCCAAGUUCGCGCACUCCCUGGGGCUGACCUUCCACUUCCACCCCUUGCUCCUCCGGCCCGACCACCAACACGUGGUGAGAUCCUCGUCCGUGGCGGUGGUCCCGGGGGAAGCCCUAGCGGUGAACUGCAUGUUCUACCUGCACCGCCUUGUGUCGAACCAGCAGCAGCGGGAGGAAGAAGAACAAGUUUUGAGGGUUUUUUUGAGUGAGGUGAAGGAGGAGCUUUCGCCGCGGGUGGUGACGGUGGGGGAGAGGGAGCUGGAGGGGCGGGAGGUGGGGGAUGCGGUGGAGUACUACAGGGCGGUGUUCGAGUCGCUGGAGGAGACGGUGCCGCCGGGGAGCGGGGAGAGGGCGGCGGUGGAAGGGGCGUGGUUCGGGAGGGAGAUCAGGGAGGCGGUGGCGAUGGCGGGAGUGGGAGGAGGGAGCAGCCGGAGGAUGGAGUGGUGGGGGAGGGUGAUGCGGAGGGCAGGGUUUGGGAACGUAGGGUUGAGCCCUUUCGCCGUGUCGCAGGCAAAGCUGCUGCUCAGGUUGCACUACCCUAGCGAAGGGUACCGCCUCCAAGUGGUGGAUCGCAAAGAGGUUGAGGAAUUAGGUGACGACGACCAGAAUCUUAGAGUUAGAGGGCUGUUGUUGGGUUGGCGGGAUCGCCCUCUCUUCUCCUUCUCUUCCUGGCGAUAGCCUGCCACCCUGCCUACCUGCACCUUGCUUGGAUCAUAUCAUAUGAUCAUCAUGAUCCAAUAUUGAACAAGCUAAGGUCGUUACAACAUAUAUUUUGGUGGUUUGUUGAUUAAUUUACGUAUUAAUUAAUUAAUUAGUGAGUGGGCAUGCAUCACAUUACUAAUAUAUAAUGAGCUUAGGCUAAUAAUUUUAUUCCCUGAUUGAUGUAUAAUUUUGAUUAGGACAGUGUGCUUUCAUGAUAAGCUUUGCAUGCACUAAGGAAAAAUAUAUAUAGCUAGUGCGCAAUCAAAUGUAUAUUAAUUGUCAAUUCAAUAUUUGGUUCAUUGGUCAAUUUCAUUAUGGCAAGUGAUAUGAGUGACCCACAAAGAGAAGAAUGUCAAAAGCCAAAAAGGAGGUCAUUAUUAUGAUUGAUCGAUACUCAAUUUGAUGCUAAACCUUAUCGAUAUUCAAUUCGAUGCUUCAAGUUUUGAAGAAUCCUAUAUAUUGUACGUACGUGACCCACAAUAUAUAAAACUAUAGAAAGAAAGGUAAGGUAUGAACUGAAGGAUCAUAUUGAGAAUGACUAGCUAGAGGUUGACCUUAUUUCGGACUUUAUUCCUCUAUGCGCGCUGACCUUGCUAGCGAUCAGGACGUGAUCAUUAAUUAUUAUUAAUUAAUCAAUCAAUUAACAUCGUGAUGAUCAUUAUUGGUUGGAGUACACGUGCAUGGUAAUGGGUAUAUAUAUAUAUAUAUGCUGGUCCUCCUGUGCUGCGAUCCAAUUAAGGGCAUGGCUGAUGGCCUCUCGUGGAAAAUUCAAAACCAUGCAUAUGCAUGUAUAAAUUUAUACUCUUGGUGGAUAGAUACACAAACUGAUUAGAAAGCUAAACUUAUGUGUCUCGUUUCAUUUUUCUCUGAACCCGUAAAAAUUUUGUAUUUUUUUCCUUCAAUAAUACUAGUAUCGCAAAAACCUGAUCGUCUAGUCAUCAUUCAUUGUACAUGUGCUACUAACGCUAUAAGUUUAGGUUACACUACUCAGCGAUUUUCUUAAUUAGUACACACACGUACGUGUGCAUUAGUAUAGCACAGUUUCUUGAGGUGUAUAGGUAGGGUUUGGGGUUGGAAAUUGAUGAGUGAUGCAGUACCUGCAGAGCAUCAAUCCAUCAUUGUCAUAAUACUUUUUUUUUUUUAACAUUUCAAAUUAGAGACCUUUGUGGAGACAUAUAUGAUCAGUGGGGUACGUAAUGCGUAUCUUUGACAUACUUUCAUUCCCCCUAAUAUCCUCUCUUCUCCCUAGCUAGCUUAUAAACUUAUAAUAAAACCAUUUCUUAGUUACGUUGGUUAGUUUCUAAUUGAUAUUUUCCCCUUCUUUUGCUAUAUGUGGAAGAGAGCAUUUCGAAUUUUGCGAUUGUCUCUUUCUUCCCUGCCCGUACGUGUGGAUUCUCCUCAUCUACAAAUAUUUUAUUUUAAGUACUAUUAAAGCUUAAUUAAGUGGGGGAUCUUUCUUAGUUACCUAGCUAAUAUAUAUAUAUGUAAAUUGAAUUUGUAUAUGUUCCAUGAUGUUAUGUAAAGCAAAAGCACCUCCCUUCCCCCAAGAGGGGUUUCUCCUUUUGUCUCCAUUUGCUUAAAAUAACAUUUGAAAAUGGUAAUGGUGGAUCACUAGCUAGUUGCUUGUUUCAACCCUUUUUUCCUUUUGUUGCUAUUGUUGUUGGAAUAUAAUGGUAGUGUUGGUUGUGUCUUGGUGCCUUGGUGGUGUGUUUAUGCCCAAUGGAAUGCCUUUGUCUUACCCCUCUUAUCAAUAUUCCUUUUGGCUGACUUUUAUUUUAUGGGUUCCAGUUCCACGAUGAUGAGAGUAGUACUCUCUUGGUAGCAAGCAAGCUACAAGAAAAUAUGAUACAUGUAUCCAAAUUAUAUAUCUAAUAUCAAGCAAGAGCUUUGAAUACCAAACAAUUAAUUAAUGAUGUAAUCAUAU